AUGGCAUCUCUUCGAAGCCUUGGAGCUGUCGCGCUCCUUCCGCUCGUAUGGGCUCUCCAGUCUCAUCAACCCCGCGAGGAUGCCUCAGGCGACGGAUUCGUGAAGCUUGCAGUUCAUGCUAGUCAAGCGGGCACGGCCGACGCGUUUGAAGCACCGCUUACAGCCAAGUGGGCCGGCUUCGCUUACUUCAUCAACGUCACGAUCGGGAGUGAUAACCAAACUGUUCCUCUUUGGCUGGACUCGGGAUCUUAUGAGAUCUGGGUCAAUCCGUCCUGCGCUAGUGCUCCACUCUGGAGCAGGGAUGACUGCAAUGCCUCCCCUCGGUAUAGUCCCUUCACCUCGCAGACCUCGAAAAUUCUCAACGAUGCCUUCAACCUUACUUAUGGUGGCGGUGGUAUGGUCGCGUUGGGGUCAUGGUUCAGCGACGACAUGAGCAUCGGCUCUGCAACUGUAAAGGAUCAGCAUUUCGGUGUCGCCGCCGACAGCACAGGCUUUGAGGCCGGACUGAUGGGCAUUGGAAUUCCCGAAAGCGACCCACAUCCAAAUUUCGUUUCAAAUCUAGCGGAGCGGAAGCUUGUCAACAGCAACGCAUUCAGUCUAGAUCUGCGAUCACCGAACGAGACGGGCUCCAUCAUAUUUGGAGGCAUCGACACCAAGAAGUACAAAUGUAAACUGGAAAGGGUCCCUGCUGACGGGUUCACGCUCAAUCUUACCGGCUUUGGCCAAACAUUCCCAAACGGCUCCAAAACGACUUAUGCGCCCUAUCUCUGGAACAAAAACAACUUCUCUCAAGGUUUGCCGGUAUUUCUUGAUAGUGGCUCCAACGUUAAUUAUCUUUCGAACGACGUGAUUUCUGUGAUUGGCGAGGACUAUCCAGGCGCGAAACAGGUAAUCAACGAAAUAGGACUGCCAGAAUGGAUCGUUCCGUGCGAAGCUCCCGAGGGCACUUUCGACUUUUCCUUCGGCUCUACGACGGUCAAAAUACCUUAUCGGGACAUGAUGGUCGGCGACUAUUCCCCGAACAAGAACCAGACUACGAAUGAAUGUCUUCUUGGUUUCGGUCUUGGGCCCCAGGACCAGGGAUUGAUCCCCCACAUUCUUGGUAAUAACUUCAUGCGCGGUGCAUACCUUGUUUUCGACUCGGAGAAUAGCGAAAUCUGGCUUGACGAAGCCGAUAACUGCGGUUUAGAUAUCAUUCCAAUCGGCAAGGGCAAUGUCUCGGUCCCGCGGGUGCCUGGCUGCAAAUGCAAAGCAGCGAGCUCGGCGACGGCUAGUUAUGCUGUCCCAGCUCCUACUUUGCCUCCUCUCCAUCCUCAUCAACCACGCGGCAUUGCCGCCGGUUAA